AACGAAAAGGCCAAACAAGUACCCGGAGACAAACGAUCCUCUGCGCUCGUAUCUGUCAUCAGGCCUUGCAUCACUGCCACCCCUCUCCCUCGCCAUCGUGCAGCGUUUGACUGUCGGAGAUGGCGUCGAUGCUGUUCGGAGGGACGACGCAGAAGUGCCAGGCGUGCCGGAAGACGGUGUACUUGGUGGACCAGCUCGCCGCCGAUGGCAGGAUCUACCACCGAGCCUGCUUCCGCUGCCACCACUGCAGGGGAACGCUCAAGUUCAGCAAUUAUAGCUCUAUUGAGGGAGUUCUUUACUGCAAGCCUCACUAUGAUCAACUCUUUAAGAUGACUGGCAGUCUGGAUAAAAGUUUUGAAGGAGCUCCAAAAUCUGCUAAGAUAGACAGAUCCAGUGGUCAACAGGGUGUUGCUAACAGCAGAUACGCGAGUAUAUUUCUCGGCACACGAGACAAAUGUGUGGAGUGCAAGAAAACGGUGUACCCAAUUGAGAAGGUGGCUGUUGAUGGAAACUCUUACCACAGGCCCUGCUUUAGGUGCACCCAUGGAGGUUGCACCAUCAGCCCAUCCAACUUUGUCACACAUGAGGGCAGACUCUACUGCAAGCACCACCAUGCUCAGCUAUUCAUGACCAAGGGCAACUUCAGCAGCUUCACAAAGGUUGAAGAAGACAAGCAUGAAGACAUAUUACUGCAAGUGCCUUCUGAUCAUGUUGCGGUUGAAGGUGGUCAAGUUUCAUGAUCUCUCCAGUGUUCAUUCAUCAAGCUCAUGUGCUUCAUCUUCCCUUGGCACACACAUGAAGGUCUGCAACAAGUUUAUAGUAGCAUAGAGUGAAAUUGCAUCGUUAUUUGGAUUCUUAAUUUUUGGAAGAACAUUAAGAAUGGGGAUUGCAUAAAUCAAGGGAUGUUGUAUGUUCAGAUCUACUUAAAGGUGUGAUAUGGGCAUAUCAACUAUUAA